AUGUCGUCUGGUGGUAAGGGCUUCUUCUCUAGGAGUAAACAUAGGAGUGAUAAAAGACACACCGGCAGCGAAGAAGGUCGAUACCUCGGCUCGGAUCAUGACUCUUUGUCGCGUACUUCUCGACAUGUUAGGGACUCGUCGAUAGUAUCGCUCGACCGACCCAGCUCUCCUGAAACCGGCGUCAACCCUAACGCCGGUGUAAUUACCGCCAUCCCCUACGACAGUACGCAUGCUGAUCAACGAAGUCCAAUACCCAUUGAAUACCUCCCUCGAAAUGAGCAGGCGCCCGUGCGCCAGAAUCUUAUACCUCAGCCCCAUCACUUAAAUAAAGGCACCGGUGAUUUCCAUCAGUAUCCAUCUUUCGAUACAGCCUCGAUUGUAAGCGUUGCUAGUUCUCAGCACUCGGUUCAGCGCCCCAGCACUGGUCACGGCAACGGCAACAAUCCGAACGUCACGAUGGCGUCUACUGGUCGGCAACCGCAAUUCCACCAGUGGGGCCCGUCUUCGGGAGGUUCCCCAACGCCUCGGGCGAGUACGGCUUCUUCUACGCAGAACAACGGCUACGGCGGCUACAGCGGCUACAACGAAAGGUGGGAUUCUCUACCAGGUUAUGGCAUGUCCGGCGUCGCCAGAACAUCUAGACAAAGCGAUCAAUCCAGCGUAUUUUCAGCAGGUAACGGAAGACCCCCUACUAAUUCCACGAAUAUGCGCUCAUCCAGAAUAGCGCUGCCUAGUGCUACCUCCCAGAGUUCCAUCGCGUCGCAACCUUCGAGUAGAGAUUCGCACCGCGUGACUAAACCUUCAGGGCAUCCGGUAUUUCCACCCGGGAGCGCAGAAGGGUUCCCACUCACCAGACCGGACGACGAUAGGGUUACGGAACAGAUGUUUUUGGAGCUGAUGAAGAAGCGAGGAUGGCAUAACCUUCCGGAACAGGCAAGACGACAGAUGCAGGCGUAUCCGUCGUCCAAGAAAUGGACACUCAUCUAUCAGGAUCGUCUAACAGAACUACAGGGAGAGCAAAAGAGGAGGCAGCAGGCGGCGAAGACAGGAGUAUAUCCAAGCAGCGUUGAUGUCGCCGCAUCCUCUGACGAAGAGGGAUCUCCCGAAUGGUACGUGCGGAAGGUUAUGGAUAAUACCUUAGAUUUGAAAGGUUUGGGCAGCCUCGAGGUCAAUUUACGAACUCAGCAGAUCGGUUGGGUGAAGCGAUUCAUUGAAUGUCAAGGGCAGGUCGCUCUCACCAACGUCCUGUUGAAGAUCAAUCGGAAAAGCGCGGUUGGACCUGCUGCUCCUACCGACGUAAAAGCAAGCGACAAGAGCCUCGAUAAGGAAUAUGAUAUUCUAAAAUGUCUUAAAGCGUUACUCAACAACAAAUAUGGCGCCGAUGAUGCGCUCGCCCAUCAGCAGGUAGUCGUGGCCCUCGUCACAUCGCUCAUUUCACCGAGACUUACGACACGAAAACUUGUCAGCGAUGUAUUAUCCUUCCUAUGCCACUGGGACAGUGGCGAGGGUCACAUAAAGGUGAUCCAGGCGAUGGAUGUAGUGAAGAAUCAACAAAACGAAAAUGGACGCUUCGACUCCUGGAUGCGACUUGUGGAGGUUACCGUAGACGGGCGAGGGAAGAUGGGCAGUCUUGUCGGAGCCAGCGACGAAGUCCGCAGCGGCGGUAUCGGCAUGGAGAAUCUUUUGAUGGAAUACGCAGUUGCCACGCUCAUCCUCGUCAACUCGAUCAUCGAUGCCCCCGAGAAUGACCUCCAGCUACGCAUGCAUAUCAGGGCGCAGUUCGGUGCUUGUGGGAUCAAGCGGAUCCUCACAAAGAUGGAGGCGUUCCAAUAUGACUUGAUAGACAAGCAGGUCGAGCGGUUCCGAACAAAUGAGGCUAUAGACUAUGAGGAUAUGCUCGAGCGGGAGAACAGUAGCAUGAAGGACAGCGUCGAAGGCGAGGUUAAGGACCUCAACGAUCCGACCCAGAUCGUAGACGCCAUUCAGCAGCGACUUCAAGGCUCCAAGACGCAUGAUUACUUCAUAUCGGCAUUGCAGCACCUGCUUCUGAUCCGAGAUAACGACGGGGAAGAACGGUUGCGUAUGUUUCAGCUCGUUGACUCGAUGCUAAGCUAUGUGGCUAUGGAUCGGCGUUUGCCGAACAUGGACCUCAAGCAAAGCUUGAACUUCACUGUGCAGAGUCUCUUAGAUAAGCUACACACGGAUUCUGAGGCCAGACAAGCUCUAGAUGAGGCCUUGGAGGCCCGGCAGAUCGCCGAUGCUGCCAUGGCAGAACGGGAUGAGAUGAGAGCUCAGUUAGAAUUAGGUGCGGAUGGUCUUGUUGCUAAGCUACAGAAACAAUUAGAUGAGCAAGCCCGCUUCAUUGAAGCCCAGAAGCGUCAAGCAGAUAGUCUUAAGGCUGAGAUCGAGAACAUGCAGACGGUGCGUGCUAAGGAAGCGCAGCGGUACGAGUUAGAAACUAGAGAGCUUUAUCUUAUGCUCAGGGAUGCUCAAGACGUGGCCGCCUCCCAGGCUGUCAAGGGCAACGCCGGAGGCAAAAUGGGCGACGAAGACCCGGCUAGAAUGCAAGGUAUUUUGGAUCGAGAAAAGCUUAUGGACCGGCUUGCUAUGCAGCUCGAACGGCAAAAGACCCAAUACAAACUCGAGGGUAGAGUCUGGGGCGAUACUAUUGGUCCUUCAGAUCGCUUGCGUGCUCUACGUGAGGAAAUGGAAGGCUAUGCAGAGAGCUACCCUGAAGCGCCGGAAGGUGCAGGACUCCCGUCGUCUGGUAUGCUUGGGACAGUCAAUAGACACACAAGAUUGUCCAGGAAGCCCGUCAGCUCGGCAGGACAACAUGUCUCUAGCGCUGACGAAGGUGUUACCGAAGGUGAAGACGAUAUCGUAUACGAGAAGCCAAGAGUCGUUGAAAUCAGAAGGCCGGUUAUGGAUCCCAAGCAGGCCGCUAGCCUUAUGUCAGAGAUCCAAUCGAAGAGGAGGGAUGAAAUCAGUGACUCCGAAGAUGGCGCGACGACCGGUCCUUCUCACCCAAGCCUUGAGACACCUAUCACUCCGGGAGAAGUUGAACCGCCCAAAAUUCAAGUUAGCGAUACGGCUGCUCCACCCCCUCCACCUCCUCCCCCGAUGCCCGGUCAAAUUCCCGGAGCACCACCGCCACCGCCUCCUCCGCCCCCACCUCCAUUGCCCGGCCAGAUUCCGGGAGCCGCUCCUCCACCCCCGCCUCCUCCGCCACCUCCCCCGAUGCCAGGGAUGCUGUCGCCCUCAUCUGCAGGUGGUCCACCUCCUCCGCCUCCGCCGCCUCCUAUGCCAGGUGCUGUUGGAGGAAUGCCUCCUCCUCCUCCGCCAAUGCCUGGUGCCAUGUCCGGCCACUUCCUCUCUGCGCAAAAUAACUUUGGGCCGGCUCCUACAAUCGGUCUCCCUGUUGUCAGGCCGAAGAGGAAGCUCAAGGCCCUCCACUGGGACAAGGUUGACACGCCUGAAACCAGUCACUGGGCAGCGCACGCACCAUCCGCAGAAGCAAGAGAAGAGAAGUAUGCUGAGCUUAGCAAGAAGGGUAUCCUUGAUGAGGUUGAGAAGCUAUUCAUGGCUAAAGAGAUCAAGAAGCUUGGUGUUGGUAGCUCUAAGAAAGACGACAAGAAGCAGAUUAUCUCUAGCGACCUUCGGAAAGCUUAUGAAAUUGCCUUUGCCAAAUUUUCACAGUUUUCUGUAGAAAAGAUCGUCCAAAUGAUCAUUCAGUGCGACAAGGAAAUUCUUGACAACCCUGUUGUCAUGGAUUUCCUCCUAAAGGAUGAUCUAUGCAAUAUUCCGGAUAACACUGCGAAGCUUAUGGCGCCAUAUAGCAAAGAUUGGACUGGUCCAGAAGCUAGCAAGGAAAAUCGUGAACAGGAUCCGGAAGAACUCACCAGGCAAGAUCAAAUCUACUUGUACACCGCUUUUGAACUACACCAUUAUUGGAAGAGCAGAAUACGUGCGCUGGCCUUGACGAGGAGCUACGAGGCAGACUACGACGAGAUCAACGAGAAGAUUCGUCAAGUCGUGUCAGUGUCAGAGGCAUUACGAGACUCGGUCUCUUUGAUGAAUGUGCUCGGUUUGAUUCUGGAUAUUGGAAAUUACAUGAAUGACGCCAACAAGCAAGCGCGAGGUUUCAAACUCAGUUCGCUCGCCCGCUUGGGUAUGGUGAAGGAUGACAAGAACCAGUCGACGCUCGCUGAUCUCGUGGAGCGUAUCGUUCGCAACCAGUAUCCCGAAUGGGAGGGUUUCACAUCCGAUAUUCAAGCCGUCAUCACCGCUCAGAAGAUCAAUAUCGAACAACUACAAGCAGACGCUAAGAAAUACGUGGAUAACAUUCGUAACAUACAGAGGUCACUAGACAGCGGCAACCUCAGCGACCCUAAGAAGUUCCAUCCUCAGGACCGUGUCUCGCAAGUCGUCCAGCGGUGUAUGAAGGAUGCUCGUCGAAAAGCAGAACAGAUGUCUUUGUACCUGGAAGAGAUGGUCCGCACAUACGAUGACAUUAUGGUUUUCUAUGGCGAAGAUCCGAAGGAUGAAAAUGCCCGCCGUGACUUCUUCGCCAAGUUAGCCACCUUCUUGCAAGAGUGGAAGAAGAGCAGAGAGAAAAACGUACAAUACGAGGAGACGAGACGUAGAAACGAAGCCAGCAUGAAACGAAAGCAUGGUCAGCUCAGGGUCACGGGAGCCGUCGAGAGCGGUCCGCCAUCGCCAGCUUCUGCUGGUGCAAUGGACUCGCUUCUAGAGAAGUUACGCGCUGCGGCGCCGCAAACGAGAGAUCAAAGAGACCGAAGAAGGCGUGCACGUCUCAAGGAUCGUCAUCAAGUCCGCAUCGCGUCGGGCCAGAAAAUACCCGACCUCAACGAGAUACCAGAGGCCGAAGCCAAUCUCAACAAGGAGACCAUCAACGGUGCUGCGGAUCCCGAUAAUAACCCUAUUAGCCCGGAUUUCCCUUCCCCUAGCGAAGCUCCUCCAGCGGCUGAAGAUGGGGAGGAUGGUCUAGCCCACAGAGCUGCAAUGCUGUUGCAAGAUAUGAGAAGCGGUGAUGGAGCAGAUGAUAAUGAUCCGGAGAAGAGAGAUAGCCUGAGGAAAUCGGCGGCGGAGGAAAGGAGGGCUAGACGACGGCGGCUAAAGGGCGGCUCCGGUCAGAACUCCAGUACUACCGAAGCGGAUGAGGGAGCCAAAGCAUCCGCACCCGAAGCAACUAUACCGGAAGAAACCCCUGCUGAAGUCACCGCGGAAGUAGAAAAGGACACUGAGAAGUCUUGA